ACGGAAAAACAGGAACAAGAAUCAGUUUCUCAUUGCAGGGCGAGAGCUCUGAGUUCCGGUGUAAGAGAAAGAGACGUGGCGAAAUUUCUGUAUAUCUCUGCCCUAUAAGCACAUCUUUCCUUACACUGAAGGGAACCAAGACAUCGAAAAGGCUGCGCAAACCAUGCAGGAUGAUUUACUGAUGGACAAAAGCAAAGCCCAGCCUCAGCAGCAGCGGCAAGAUCCAAAUACAGCAGAAGCCCCUUCUACACCCAUCGCGUCAGAGACACUCAAACCAGAGGACAGCAGUCCAGUCACUAGCAUCAGCUUAGCAGCUCCUGCCCAAAAUAGCAAAGAAAAGAUGCAGAUGGAGUCUCCCAUCUUGCCGGGCUUAAGUUUCCAUCAGCCUCAGCAGGAACCUACAGCUGGCACCUCCUUGUCUCCCUCCUUUGGAAGCACCUGGUCCACUGGGACCACAAAUGCAGUGGAUGAUAGUUUUUUCCAAGGAAUUACCCCAGUCAAUGGGACAAUGCUUUUCCAGAAUUUCCCUCACCAUGUCAAUCCUGUUUUUGGAGGCACUUUCUCCCCCCAGAUUGGCUUAGCCCAGACGCAGCACCACCAACAGCAACAACAGCAGCAAGCCCAGCAGCAACAAAGGAGAUCACCAGUUAGCCCUAACCAGGCAUCUUUUGCCCAGAGAAAUGCUGCUUAUAGCCAUCAACCCAUUAUGACCAGCAAACCUUCCUCCUCCUCAGCCUCCACCUCUUCCCCUUCUAGCUGGAAUAACCACCAAAAUGCAGCCUGGAGUACACCCUCCAAUCCUUGGGGUGGGCUGCAAGCUGGCAGGGACCCUCGAAGGGCAGUAGGUGUGGGAGUGGGCGUUGGAGUGGGCGUUGGAGUGCCAUCCCCACUGAAUCCCAUUUCACCCCUUAAAAAGCCCUUCUCUAGCAAUGUCAUUGCCCCACCGAAGUUCCCACGGGCUGCUCCCCUAACCCCUAAAUCCUGGAUGGAAGAUAAUGCCUUCAGGACGGACAAUGGCAACAAUCUGUUGCCUUUUCAGGACCGGAAUCGGCCCUAUGAUACUUUUAACUUGCACUCUUUGGAAAACUCAUUAAUGGAUAUGAUAAGGACUGAUCAUGAGCCUCUUAAAGGUAAACACUACCCUCCCAGUGGCCCACCAAUGAGUUUCGCUGAUAUAAUGUGGAGGAAUCAUUUUACAGGUCGUAUGGGUAUAAAUUUUCAUCAUCCAGGAACAGAUAACAUUAUGGCUCUCAAUACCAGGAGCUAUGGACGGAGACGAGGUCGGUCUUCUCUCUUCCCUUUUGAAGAUGGCUUCUUAGAUGACAGUCAUGGUGACCAGUCUUUAUCAUCAGGUCUCAGCUCUCCAACCCGCUGUCAGAAUGGUGAAAGAGUUGAACGCUAUUCUAGGAAAGUGUUUGUUGGAGGUCUGCCUCCUGACAUUGAUGAAGAUGAAAUUACUGCCAGCUUUCGUAGGUUUGGACCUCUUGUAGUGGAUUGGCCUCAUAAAGCUGAGAGCAAGUCAUAUUUUCCACCUAAAGGUUAUGCCUUUCUGUUAUUCCAAGAAGAAAGUUCUGUUCAAGCUCUGAUAGAUGCCUGUCUAGAAGAGGAUGGGAAACUGUACCUAUGUGUAUCAAGUCCCACCAUCAAGGACAAACCAGUUCAAAUUCGACCAUGGAACUUAAGUGACAGUGACUUUGUAAUGGAUGGUUCUCAACCUCUAGAUCCUAGAAAAACUAUUUUUGUCGGAGGAGUUCCACGACCCCUUCGAGCUGUUGAACUAGCAAUGAUUAUGGAUCGUUUGUAUGGAGGAGUUUGCUAUGCUGGCAUUGAUACAGAUCCUGAGCUGAAGUACCCCAAAGGUGCUGGUAGAGUGGCUUUCUCCAAUCAACAGAGUUACAUUGCUGCUAUUAGUGCACGUUUUGUCCAGCUUCAGCACAAUGACAUUGAUAAACGGGUGGAAGUGAAGCCAUAUGUGCUUGAUGAUCAGAUGUGUGAUGAAUGCCAGGGCACUCGCUGUGGUGGAAAAUUUGCUCCAUUUUUCUGCGCCAACGUUACCUGCUUGCAGUAUUACUGUGAAUACUGUUGGGCAAGCAUUCACUCUCGUGCUGGACGAGAGUUUCACAAACCACUUGUGAAGGAAGGAGGAGACCGGCCUCGCCAUGUCCCAUUCCGCUGGAGCUGAAGCAGCAAGUACUGGAACCGAAGAACAGAAGGGAGAAGAGAGUGCUGCCUCAGGGCUUUAGUGUUCUGGAAAUCUGUGCAUUCAUCCUUGACUUUAAUGAAGAGAUGGGUCUUUUUAGUAUGAUUACUAUUAUUAUGAUUAUUAUUAUUUACAGUCACAUUACUGAACUCUGUGUCCCAUAUAAUACAAGCCUAGCACAGUGUAACUGUACUGAUUUUGCACUUUGAUUCACACAAACAUCUGCUUGGUACCUUAAUUUCUUACACAAGAUCUGUCACAUCUGAGAAUAAGUAGACUGCCAUUCUCAUCAGCCACCACAGAGCUGAUGUGUAUGUGAUGACGAUUUUAAAAAUGACUUUUUUUUAAGCUGGAGCAUGCACUUAUUUUCAGAAACUUAGACUUGCCCCUAGCAAAUAACUUACCAAAGGUAACACUCACAAGUAGUUGGCAGAUGUAGCAAACACAUUAAAUGGAUAUUCAGCAAUCAUUAGGUUGGGUCAUGUAGAAUAGGAAUAGCCCUACAAAGUCUUUAGUUGCUCUCCAUUUUUACUGGUAAGGAUGAUACCUCAUAAACUGGAUCACACUUUCUCCACCCCACUUCCCUACCCCUUUUUGUUAUGCUGAGGGUUUCCUAUUUCUUUAGGCCUUUUAGUGUUAUGUAAAUGUAUGCUGCAAUAGCUCUUGCUGCUAUUAAGAUGGUAUUACUAAUACCACAAUACUCUAUCCAAGCUAGGGUAUCAAUUUAAAAAGAUGAUUAUGUGAUUUAAAAUCAUGAUGGCUGCUGAAAAGAGAUCAGUAUAGCGUUCAGAAAGCUUCCAAGGAAGGUCAAUAGUUUUGACUGCAUGUUUACUUAAUCAGGUUGCUGCAUGCAAUAAAUUUUUAUAUAUGUCUAAUAUGAAAAUCUGCCCACAAUGCACCAAUUAAGAAUCUAUAUAGGCUACAAAGUACUCAGUAAUUUCACACACACACACAGAUUACUGACUGGAGGGAAGGCAUGCCUCAGUAAAUGUAAGUGCUUCUGAAAUUAGGAUCAGCCCAUUGCAGUAUGACCUAUAUUACAACACAUAUUUUUUGAAAAAACUAGAUCUAGAAUUAUCCUUAAAACCAAUUUUUCAAUGAUAGGCAAAGUACUUUGCGGUGCUCUGUUAUAUAUUGUGCAAUUUAUUUUAUAUAGUAAAGUGAUUAUGUCUAGUACUGUGAUCAAACUUUAACUGUUUAAGCCUCUGUGUCUAAUAUUCACACACUUCUGAAAGUUAAACAGGUACAAAUGAAUAUGCACACUCACAAAAUUAAGAAAUGAGCUCUUAGUGUGAAACUCAUAAACACUUGCACCAUUCAUGUAGCUGCAGCCUUUGCCCAGGAAAAACAAAGAGCUCAGAAAAGCAGAUGUACACUACAAACUUAGCUUAGUAAGCAAAUAAACAUUUUAAGAAAGAUAAGAAAAGAGUUGUGCUAAAGAAAUGUCUGCAUAAAAGGUUAACUUGCAAAAAGUCUGCUCUUUGGGUGUGACAUUUAAUUCCUUGAACCCUGGAUGUAUCCUGUGAAGCUUGAAUAUAUUUGAGAUCGACUAUAUAUAAUGGUGGACAUUUUUUAGCAUAUACUAUGGGGCUGCAAGGCAAACAGAGAAACACAUAUUAGUGUGCUAACUAUAAGAAUGUGGGAACGUGUACACUAUUCUUUUAGGGGUUUCUUCUCCCCCCCCCCCCCCAAACACACACAGUUUUUGGAGUUCUGGGGACAAUCUGACUGGAUCUGGCACCGCAUAGAUUUAAAUGUUCUAAUUUUGUGUGCUGUGAUGGCCUUGUUAAUGUCUGACUUUUUAAGUUUUCUUUUAAUGUUUAAUUGGCAAUUAUUGAUUUUGAACAAAACUUUCUGUGUUAAAAAAACUAGUUUUUUACUGGUUAAAAAAAUCAUUCUUAUCCCUUCCACUGUUUUUUCUGGGCAUUUUUGUGAUAUUGCUUUAUCCAGCCCAGCUGUCUUUUUUCUGUUCGGGGUUUUCAUUUUUUUCAUCUAUAUAAGAUUUGUUAUGCACUACUUUUUGUACCUAGACAGUUUUCAAUAGUUGGCAGAUUAUUCUUUUUUAAAAGAAAAAGGCAUGCUUUCUGACUGACAUGAUCUUUUGCAAUACCUCAAUUUUGAAAUAUAGGAAAGAAAAUAUUUUCUAAGUAAGUUUAUUCAGAAAAAAUAUAUAUUAAUUUAAUUCUGCAAGAAAAUGAUUUAACAAAUGGGUAACUUUAUUUUUUUCAUGCUUAUUUGCGUUUUUGAAAAUGAAGAAGUUAGAGGUUUAUAACUGUAAUAUUGAAGAUCAUAGCUAACCUACAGAAGUCUACCUAAUUAUGUGAAACAAUAUACAUUUUGAAGAAAUUUCCUUCUUUCAUGUACAACACCAGAAAGAAAGAAGGGAAAGAGAGAGAGAGAGAGAGAUGCUGGAUGUUAUUUGAGUAAUAACAUUAAAACAAAUACACCAAGGAAAGAUGUAAAACCAACUGCAUUGGUGCUGGAAGUUGUGAAUAGAAGGUGAAAAAAUAUUUUCCCUUAAUUUGUAUAUUUAUAAUCAAGCAAUUACGCACGACUGACCAGAAUUGUGAGAGUUCUUCUGUUUGUAUUUUUUUAAAGGUAAUUUUUUAGUUUACUAAAUUAUAACAUUGUCCCCUUUUUUUUGUAAAGGAACGUACCCCUUAAGUUGUUAUGUUAUAUUAUUAUAAGAGGGUCCUUCAAGAAAAGAAGUUAUUUUUUAAAAUAAGUAUUCUGAACUGCAACUUGACUAAGAAGCCCCUGGGUACAACAGGUCCUCUUGUGGCCUUCUCUUGAUGUGAGACUUGAACUAGUCGAUUUUUUUUUUUUUUUUGAAGGCAACUUAACCUCGACUAUUUGUUGUUAUGUGCAAUACUGUUUGUACUGUUUGUAUAAAAAAGAAAAAAAGAAAAGAAAAAAGGCAUAAAUCUUUAUUGCAGAUUUAUUUUCAUUGCAAACUUUAGACAUUGUGAUUCACGAAGAUCAUUUUUCUACUGUCAGAUAUGUACCUUUUCUUCAUGCUGGUAUUUUUUCAAUAGUAAUGUAGCCUUUGUACUGAGACAAAUUUUCAUUGUUAUUUUUAGAAAGAUUUUUUGCUAAGAGAAAUUUAAACAUUGACAUAUUUUUCAUUUUUAUUUCAGAUUUUCUUUAAGGAGUGCUUUCUCAACCAUUAGUAUAGUUGUUUCUGGGAGAGGCUUUCAUAUCUGGUCAAUGUCAUUAAUAUUAUUUUGUACUUUUACUUGGAAUAAAUUAAUUUUAUGAUGCUAAUUCUUUAAAAGUUUAUUUUUUUCAUUUUCAGUUAUUUUUGAAGCUAAAAACCUUUGUAAUAUUGUUACUAAAGUGUCUAGUUUUUUGAAAUGCAAAGCUUUAUGUAUUAACUUGCUGAUGUGGUUUACAAUGGUGUGAAAAUGGUUGGAUAUGUGAAAUGAUUGAAAAACUGUAAUGAAUAAUUGGGCAAUAAAAUUACAGAAUGAAGCAGGAAAA